AUGGCGUCCUCGUCCUCGUCCCCGAAAACGUUUGCCUCUCCUCCAUCCGAAACCUCUUCGCCGCAAAAUGCCAUGCCUACACGCGAUCGCUCAGCGGGGCGAAAUGUCCACAUCUACGACUUGAAUGAUCCUACCACCGUAAUUGGCGGCCUACUCCUCCUACCCGGUGUCACAAAUGCCAACUUCUAUGCAAUGAUAGAGAUCAUUGUUAUAUUCAAGAGCCCUUUCUUUCUACAAAAUGAGAACGAAACGAAGAUUGAGAAAGACGACCAUCCACUUCAACCUGGAAAAUAUUACAUUGUUGCUACCAGUUCUUUUCAAGUUAACGAUGAGCCAUGGCUCGUCCGGACAAUUAGUCUAGCUACCGGAAGUCGUGUUACCGCCUUCGCCGAAGCUGUUCGUUCACGAGACCGUCAAUGUAUCGUAUCCGGAGAGCCUGUACCUACCUUUAAUGGAAUCGACUUCUGGGAGAAAUUCGAAGCUGCGCAUAUUUUCCCACUCGCCUACGAAGGUCACUGGAUUGAUCAGAACUACGCUCGAUGGAUCACAAUUCAUCCGGAACGAGGAGGAUCUAUUAACUCAGUACAGAAUGGAUUGUUACUAGAGCGCGGUAUACAUAGUCAAUUCGACGCAUAUCUCAUCGCAAUCAAUCCGGAUGAUAACUACAAGGCUAUAGCCUUUGGGCCUGUAGGGGGAAACAUUGAAGGCAAGCAUCUUGAUCGGGAGUUAUUUACUCGCCCUGAUGCGCCUAUUGAUCCGCUUCUACGAUGGCACUUCAGACAGGCUGUCCUGGCGAAUAUGAGGGGUGCUGGAGAGCCGCGCUUCGAACAUGACCUUCCGCCUGGUUCUGAUAUUGUUGGUCAGAUACUUGGGGGUCCGAAGCCAGGUGAAAGAAUGGAAUUUGAGCUGUUCAGUCGUCUCGGUGCUCAAAUGGAGUUGUUUCCGGGACAGCCCGUCUUCGCGCUCCUGAUCAUCUCCAAAGCCGGCUCGCUCAUCUACCACCGCACCUUCCCGACCACCUCCCCGGGCACCGCGGCCGGGAAUCUCACGGGCCAAAGCCAGGCCCCGACGACGGUGGGCACGCUGGGCCUGCCGGGAACCUCGACCUUGACGACGAACGACUACCUCGUCCUGGCGGGCACGUUCCACGGCGUGCACGCCAUCACGCGCUCCCUGACGCCCAAGCUGCCCGUGAUAACGUCCUCCGCCGCCACCACCUCGUCCGGGAAGACCUGGACGUACCCGGACCCGACGGUGCCGCCCUCGGGCAUCGAGUCCCUCGAGUCCUCGUUCUUCCGGCUCACGGUCUUCCAGACGCUGAGCGGCACUAAGUUUCUGUUGUUCACUGACCCGAGCAUGCCCAAUACCGACCUGCUCAUGAAGGGCAUCUACGAGCGCUACGCCGACUACGUGUGCAAGAACCCGUUCUGGCAGAUGGAGAUGCCCAUCAGGAUCGAAGCGUGGGACAGGAGCCUCGGGCAGUGGUUGACCAGGCGAUGA